UCCUGCAUCCAUUGGAAGGACAAUUGUGGGGUUUAGAACAGCAUGUUGGAAUUUCUUGACUAUUAAAAUUUCUCCCAAUACUGUAAGCAAAAACAUAACCUUGAUGAAAGAACAAGUAGCCAGGAUCCUUGCUAUAUGCUACAAACACUGCAAAUGGAACCCUAGAUGGGCUCUGGGGAGGUAUCAAUUUUAGUUUUUCGUUGUUCGUAGUAGUAGAAGUUGGUAGCUUCAUUUACAAGUAAUUACAUCCAUCAGAAAACCCAGUGAAUAGUCUCUACCUCCCUUGUUAGCGAGUCUGCUUGGUUUCCAACCAACCACUCAGCAGUGAAACUCAAUGCCUGGAAGUGUAUUAGUAUCAUCUAGCUUGAAACUGAUAACACAAACUGAAGGUUUAACCUCUUCUUUGUGGCAGUUUUGAUUUGCUGCUUUUUUUCCUUUUUAAUUUCUCUCAGCUCAGCAGCAUUGUUUCUAAGCAACAGGAGAAAGCAGCUGUCCUGCAAGAAGCCAUAGCCUAAUUUCCCUGGCACAUAAACUGAGAGGCAGAGACAAGAAAGGAACAGCAACAUCAAGAGGGAAUUCCUCUUCAUAAAUACCCAAGGUCAGAGAGGCUCCAAACUCAGAUCCUGAGGCCUGUUGCAAGAACUGACACAGAUCCAUUGAAAUUAUAUUACAAUGACAACUAGAAUAUGGAAAGAAAACUCCUGAAGAAACAGAUCAAAAAUCUCCUGUCCCAUUACAACUUAGCCCUCAGUGUUGCUUUGAUGUGGUUAAGUGACUCAGAUACUCAGACUACACUGACAAGAGAGAAAAUGGAGCUACAGAAGCAAAACAAGGAAUCCCUCCAAGGAAGCCUGGAACAAACUCAAAAGUGUUUGAGCAAAUGAAGCAAAUGAAGUAAAGACACAACAAAGACCUAGACUUCAUGUACUUCACUUAGUUGUAGAUCGGACAUUAGAACUCUGGUAUAUAAAAGCAAACACAAUGUCUGCUCACUUCUCAACAAAGUUGAGAAAGUUCUCAACUUCCAUCUCAGGAAAUUUUCAGAAGAUGAAAAGAGAAGUGGAAAACUCAGUAUGCCAGUGCCCUGCUCUGACACAGACACCAGGAUGGACUAUGAGUCUUGCAAAUGUUUAUAUUGCAGAUCAUUUUUUUAUGAAGAGAUUAAAACCGAAGCGGCGCUGGCGAACGACGGACAUGCUUGACACUUGUUUGCAGUUGCUUGUGUUGCACUUCGUUGUCUGCUCGAGAAGGAGAGACUGAGACCCUGUUACUUGGCUUCUUCUCGGGUCAUGAUAUAACUAAUAAUAAAGCAGAACUGUGGAAAGAGCGCCUGGGAACUGAGUAUGGUAGGAUCUUGAAGAGAAAAGUAGCGGUGAUCGACGGGAAGAGGAAGGGGAGGAAUGGCAUCCCGAGAGAGGCUGUAUGAGCUUUGGAUGCUUUACUGCAAUAAGAAAGAUCCAGAUUACCUGAAGCUCUGGUUGGAUAGUUUUGUGUCUAGCUAUGAACAGUUUCUGGAUGUGGACUUUGAGAAGCUGCCAACGAGGGUGGACGACAUUCCGCCAGGAAUUUCACUGCUUCCUGAUAACAUUCUUCAGGUCCUCAGGCUCCAGUUGCUACAGUGUGUCCAGAAAAUGUCAGAUGGCCUGGAAGAGCAGCAGCAGACUCUGUCACUUUUGCUGGUGAAAUUCUUUAUCAUCCUUUGCAGGAAUUUGGCUAAUGUGGAAGAGAUUGGGAUGUGUUCAUACAUUAACCAAGUUAUCACCAUGACUACAUUGUACAUUCAACAGUUAAAAAGCAAAACAAAAGAGAAAGAAGUGGAGGAUCAGACCUCCAUAGAAGAAUUUGUGAGACAUGCAUUGGCUUUCUGUGAAAGUCUGUAUGAUCCAUAUCGAAACUGGAGGCAGCGAAUUGCAGGACGGUUCCUUAGUACAGUUGAAAGAAGCAGACAGAAGUAUAAACCAGCUUCCCUCACUGUUGAGUUUGUCCCUUUUUUUUACCAAUGCUUUCAAGAAAGUGAACAUCUCAAGGAAAGCCUAAAAUGUUGCCUGUUGCAUCUCUUUGGAGCAAUUGUGGCUGGUAGUCAGAGGAAUGCUCUUCAAGCAGUAUCUCCUGCCACCAUGGAAGUCUUGAUGCGUGUUUUAGCAGACUGUGACAACUGGGAUGACAGAAACCCUGAGGAAGUGAGCAGGAAGGCAGAGCUGACUCUGAAGUGCCUGACAGAAGUUGUCCAUAUCCUCCUAACCAGCAGUUCUGACCAGCGCCAGGUCGAGACAAGUACAAUAUUGGAGAACUACUUCAAGUUGCUUAAUUCAGACCAUUCAGCCUUACCUAAUCCAAGGCGAUGCAGGCAGUGGGAGAGCAGAUUCAUAGCGCUGCAGAUCCAAAUGCUGAAUACCAUCACAGCCAUGUUAGACUGCACAGAUAGGCCUGUUCUGCAGGCAAUUUUCCUUAACAGUAACUGCUUUGAGCAUCUCAUUCGACUGUUGCAAAACUGCAAGCUGUUUUUAAAUGCUAACAAUAAAGUGGCAGACAAGAGUGAGAAAGACCUUACCAACAAAUUACUGACAGAAAUGAAUGAGGACCAGGUGUUUCAGGGACACCUGGACUCCUUGGCAGUAUCAACCAUUCAAGCACUCACAGCAGUAAUGCACAAGUCUCCAGCUGCAAAGGAGGUCUUCAAGGAGAGAAUUGGGUAUGCACACAUAUAUGAGGUACUAAAAUCACUGGGUCAGCCGUCACGGGAAUUGCUGGAAGAACUCAUGAAUAUGGCUGUUGAAGGUGAUCACAUGGCUGUUGGGAUACUAGGCAUUAGCAAUGUCCAGCCCUUAUUGCUGCUCAUUCAGUGGCUUCCAGAGCUAGAAUCGCAUGAGCUGCAGAUUUUCAUCUCCAAUUGGUUGAGGCGAAUCUGCUGUAUUGACAGACAGAGCCGUGCCACGUGUGUCAAUGCAAACAUGGUCAUCCGUAUCAUCGAGACCCUCAAUUCCCACUCCAUGCUCCACUGCAGUUGUGCAGAGAACCUGAUUGCCCUGCUGGGCUCCUUGGGGAGCCAGUCCAUGGGCUCGGAGGAGCUGCUCCAGCUGGUGCGGCUGCUGCGGCCCGAGGAGCCGCGGGGCGCUCACCCGUACGUGGUGCCGGUGAUGCGCGCGCUGCUGGCCAUGGCGCGGAAGCAGGGCCUGGCCAGCGCCCUGCAGUACUUCAACCUGCACCACAGCAUGGCCGGCAUCGCCCUGCCCGCCAUCCACAGGUGGCCGGGCUCCGCCUUCUCCUUCAACGCCUGGCUCUGCCUUGACCAGGACCGGGUGGAGCCCGGCACCACGGGCAAAAGCGGCAAGAGGAAACAGCUCUACAGCUUUUUUACAGGCAGUGGUAUGGGGUUUGAAGCCUUUAUUACAUGCUCAGGGGUAUUGGUGGUUGCAGUGUGCACGAAGAGGGAAUAUGCAACAGUGAUGCUGCCUGACCAUUGCUUUUUUGACUCUCUCUGGCACAACAUAACCAUUGUUCACGUGCCUGGAAAGAGGCCCUUUGGUCAGAGCCUCGUGUAUAUCUAUGUCAAUGGACAGCAGAAGGUCUCUGCCCCACUUCGAUUCCCUGCUAUGAAUGAAUCUUUUACUUCUUGCUGCAUUGGUUCAGCUGGUCAAAGAACAACAACUCCUCCUCCCUCUCAGAUACCAGAUCCGCCUUUUUCCUCCCCAAUCAUGCCCCACCGGACAUCACUUGGGGGCAUUCUCGCUCCAGGAAGUUGGGGUGGGGUGCUUGGAAAACCAGAGUUCAUCACCAAAAUGAUCUCAGCAGGGACUCAGGACAGUGAAUGGGGCUGUCCAACAUCUUUGGAGGGCCAACUUGGAUCAGUUAUUAUCUUUCAUGAAGCACUACAACCUUCUCAGGUGAAAGCAUUAUAUUUAGCAGGUCCAAACUGUUUAACUCCAUGGAAAUCUCAAGAAGCUGAAGUAGCAGACCUCCCCAGUAAGGUGCUGCUUCAUUAUACACCAAAGGCCUGCAGAAACCCAAUUUGCCUUGACCUGUCUGCAAAUCUUUUACAUGGAAGACUAACAGGAAACAAAGUAGUGAAUUGGGACAUCAAGGAUAUGAUCAACUGUAUUGGUGGAAUGAAUGUGCUGUUUCCUUUGCUGGAGCAGAUCAGCUUUCUUGGUGCACAGAUGCCUGAGAAGUCUGAAGGAGAAACACUGCCUCCAGAACUUGCAACUCCUGUAGAGGGUGACUGGGUGGUGUUUUCAUCCCCAAAAGCAUCAGAAGCACGUCUGGAGAAGAACAUAGUUGCAACUUUCAUCUUGAUGAUAAAACACUUUAUUCAGGGGCAUCAUGUUAAUCAAGAAAAUCUCAUUCACUCCCAUGGAGUUGCCACCCUAGGAGCCUUGUUACAGAAGGUGCCAAGCAUCUUAAUGGAUGUGAAUGUCCUGAUGGCUGUACAGUUGUUGAUAGAACAAGUCUCAGUAGAAAAGAACAUGCAGCUGUUGCAACAGAUGUAUCACCACUUGCUUUUUGACUUCAGCAUCUGGAACAGUGGUGACUUUCCCUUCAGAAUCGGUCAUAUACAGUAUCUUUCUACAAUCAUCAAGGACAGUAGAAGGCUCUUCAGAAAGAAGUAUGGUGUGCAAUUUCUUCUGGACACACUCAGGAUUUAUUAUGGGACUGGUUGUAAAGACAGUGAUUUGGCUCCUGAUGACCUGAGGACAAUACGGACAUCCCUGUACGGACUGAUUAAAUAUUUCCUGAGCAAAGGUGGAACACAUGAAGAAAUUCAGAGCAUUGUAGGAUACAUAGCUGCCACCAGUGACGAGGAGCAGCUCUGUGGAAUUUUGGACAUUCUCUUCAGCCUGCUUCAUUCCAGUCCAACGCCAGACCAGCUUUUUUUAUUGCUCUUUGAACCAGGGAAUGCUGAUAUUCUUUAUGCUCUGUUAUUGCAUCAAAGAUACUCUGACAGGCUUAGAGAACUUGUGUUCAAGAUUGUGGAAGAGAUGCUGAAAUGUACCAAAGUUUAUGAGCGGAGCAAGCACCGUAUGCGACUCAGAGAAGUGGGGUACUCCGGGCUGGGACUCCUUCUGAAUGAAUCCUCAGUUACUGUUUCUCUUAUUAAAAACCUGCUUAACCAAGUUCUGUAUGCAGAUCCUGCUGUGAAUUAUAAAGAUCUUCUAGCUGUAGUGUAUCUGGCUCAUAGAUCAGAUAUAAACAUGAGAGUGAUUAUCUGUAGAAAGAUUUUGCACCUUUUGCAUUCCCAAUUGGAUGCAGCACAACAGAUUUCUCAGCAGCUGGGCUGGCAGGACACUUUGGUUAGACUAUUCCUGAAAGAAAACUCAGAGGUACAGAUUGGCUUUAAGGAGAACAGGACUGAUUCCUCCAGGGAAGAGGAUAAAAAGCCUACUGAAGAGGUUCAGAAACAUCAAGCUUAUAAGACAGAGAGAGAGAAAGCUGGCAGCUUUGCAUCAGUUAAUGGUCUGUUUGAUCAGUGGAGUUUAGAAGACAACAAAUCCCUGGAUGUCCCUGCCCAUUUCUCUGUUAUGCCACUGGAAGAUGCAUCCACAGCAGAGAUGUCUUUCAGAUCGGAGGGCCGAGUAGAACUAUGGCACAGUAAUCCUUCACAUUUGAGUUUAGAUUUGUCCAGUGUUGACUCUUAUGAACUGGCUGAUGUUGGGAAUCAGAUGACAGACAGCCAGCCCAGCACUCCCUCGCCCACAGAGAGCACAAAGCCCUUCUCUGGACAGCCUGACAAAGAGCUGGGUGUUACGAAUGACGAGGGCCUCGCUGCUGAGCUUUCUCUCUUUGAAAACCAAGGAGGGAGUGAUAAUGAACUCAUACAGUUACUUACAGACAUCCUACUGUGUAUAAUGUGGAAAGGUAUUGAAAAAUCUGAUGAUGAUGCUUGGAUUGAGAGAGGACAGGUGUUCUCUGCUCUCACCAAACUGGGGAUGUCUAACGAGUUGCUGCGGCCUUCUGAUGAAAUAAAACUCAACUUGCUGGAGAAGAUGUUAGAAUGGUCAGUCACUGAUAACAGAGAUUCAAAAGCUCUCCCUACACAUGCUGAAAAUGCCUUCAAGCUCUUGCUAAUUGUACAAGGUUUCCUGCAGGCAGAAGGACUAAUUAAUUCAAAUCUAUGGACAGAAAAGCUCUUGGAAGAACUAGUGACUCUCAUGGAUAGUCUGUCAGUCUGGUACUCUGCUGGCCUAGAGGCAAUUAGGCUUUCACAGGUGCAAGUCCAGCUGCUCCUUGGAUUUAUUGCACAAGACAACUUACAGGUCUGUGCUAUGGCAGCAGCCAAACUAAACACCCUCCUUCAGACAAAAGUAAUUGAGAGCCAGCCUGAAGCAUGCUACCUCCUGGGGAAGUUGGAAGGCAUUUUGAGUAGGUCAAUUGAAGAGAAGACAGAAACUUACUCAUUUUUGAUUCCCCUUGUUCGGACAUUGGUAUCCAAGAUUUAUGAACUUCUCUUUAUGAAUCUGCACCUUCCUUCAUUGCCUCCUACAAAUGGCAGCCCAUCUUUCUUUGAGGACUUUCAAGAAUACUGCAGAUCUGAGGAGUGGCAAGUUUAUAUUGACAAAUAUAUUAUUCCAAAUAUGAAGCAAUAUGAAGAGAAUUCAUUCAGACAUGAUAAUGAGCAGAUGGCACUUUAUUGGAAAGAUUGUUAUGAAGCAUUUAUGGUGAACAUGCACAAGCGAGACCGGGAAAGAGGAGAAAGUAAGCUUAAAUUUCAGGAGCACUUUGUGGAGCCGUUCAGCAGAAAGGCUCGGCAGGAAAAUCUGAGGUACAACAGCAUGCUCAAACAGCUUAGCAGUCAACACACAGCCACCCUGAGGCAGUGGAGAGCAGCCCAGCUUUACUUGUUCUCUGAGCGUGGGCCUUGGGCUGAAAGGAAACAGCGUCCUGUGCACUGGAAACUUUCAAAUGUGGAAAAUUUUUCACGUAUGAGACUAAAACUAGUGCAGAAUUACAACUUCAACUCUCAUCAGGAUGCUAGUGACCUGAGAGAUAAUUUAGGUGUGCACCAGACACAGCCCUCCAGUGAGUCUCUGCUUCUGGAGGUGGUGAAGCAGGUGAAAGUGAGUGACUUGGAAGAUGAUGUUCUGGAACUACCAGAAGAAGACACUGCAGCCAGUUCCAGUUUGGAUGAGAAGGAUGAGCAAAGUCAGAAAGAAAAGCUAAUAUUGUCUGAAGACUGUGAACUCAUUACAGUAAUUGAUGUGAUACCAGGCAGGCUGGAGGUCACUACCCAGCACAUCUACUUCUUUGAUGUUAGCAUUGAGAAGGAGGAAGGGGUAGGUUUUGAUUUCAAAUGGCACCUUUCUCAAAUUCGAGAGAUCCAUUUGCGUCGGUACAACCUGAGGAGAUCAGCUUUGGAGAUCUUCCUUACGGAUCAAACCAACUAUUUCCUCAACUUCAAUAAGGAGGUACGAAACAAAGUCUACAGUCGGAUAUUGUCACUGCGUUCUCCAAACAUUUCUGGGACCAGAUCGCCACAGGAGCUUUUCAAAGCGUCAGGCUUGAUGCAGAAAUGGGUGAAUAGGGAAAUAACCAACUUUGACUACCUUAUUCAGCUGAACACUAUGGCAGGACGAACUUACAAUGACCUUGCUCAAUAUCCUGUGUUUCCCUGGAUUUUACGAGAUUACACCUCAGAAGAACUGGACCUGAAUAAUCCUGCAGUAUUUAGGGACCUGUCCAAACCUAUAGGUGUGGUAAAUGAGAAGAAUGCUAAGACUGUGAAAGAGAAAUACGAGAAUUUUGAGGAUCCUCUUGGAAUGAUUGACAAAUUUCACUAUGGGACACAUUACUCAAAUGCUGCUGGGGUCAUGCAUUACCUCAUUCGGGUAGAGCCUUUCACAACACUUCACAUCCAGCUGCAGAGUGGCAGAUUUGACUGUGCUGACAGACAGUUCCACUCUAUUCCUGCUACCUGGCAGGCACUCAUGGACAACCCCAAUGAUGUCAAGGAACUUAUCCCAGAGUUCUUCUACUUUCCAGAAUUCCUGGAGAAUCAAAAUGGUUUUAACUUAGGCCAGCUUCAAAUGUCCAAAGAGGUGGUAAAUGAUGUUGUUCUGCCUAAGUGGGCCCACUCCCCAGAAGACUUUAUUUAUAAACACAGGAAGGCUCUGGAAUCUGAGUAUGUUUCUGCUCAUCUUCAUGAAUGGAUAGAUUUGAUUUUUGGCUACAAGCAGAGGGGACCAGCUGCAGUGGAGGCGCUCAAUGUGUUCUAUUAUUGUACUUAUGAAGGGGCUGUGGAUUUGGAUGCUUUAACAGAUGAGAAAGAAAGGAAGGCUUUAGAAGGGAUGAUAAACAAUUUUGGGCAAACUCCCUGUCAGCUGUUAAAGGAGCCCCAUCCACAAAGGCUAUCAGCAGAAGAGGUAGUACAAAGACUAACUAAAAGUGAUACCUCUACUCUGAAUCUCUUUCAACACCUCACUGAGCUGAAGUCUUUCUUCAUAGAGGGAAUUAGUGAUGGUGUGCCCAUUGUCAAAGCUGUUGUCCCCAGGAAUCAGUCACGUUCCUUUAUUUCUCAGGGAAGCCCAGAGAUCUUGGUAACAGCAAGUCUGAAUUGCAUUAUUGGAACUCAUGGUUGGCUGCCUUAUGACAAAAAUAUUUCCAACUAUUUCACAUUCAUCAAAGAUACAACAGUGACAAAUCCCAAAACACAGCGCAGCAUGAGUGGUCCUUUUGCCCCAGGGCUGGAGAUCACCUCCAAGCUGUUUGCAGUGUCCCAUGACGCAAAGCUGCUCUUCAGUGGCGGACACUGGGACAACAGCAUCCGAGUGACAUCCCUUACGAAAGGCAAACUGAUGGGACAGCACAUCAGGCACAUGGAUAUUGUCACCUGCUUGGCAAUAGACCACUGUGGAAUUAAUUUAAUUUCAGGCUCCAGAGAUACUACCUGCAUGAUAUGGCAAAUAGUUCAGCAGGGAGGAGUGCCUGUAGGCCUGGCACCUAAGCCAUUACAGAUCCUUUAUGGCCACACUGAUGAAGUUUCGAGUGUUGGCAUCAGCACUGAACUGGAUAUGGCAGUGUCAGGAUCCAGGGACGGCACUGUCAUUGUCCGCACUAUUCGGAAAGGUCAGUACGUGAGGACUCUGCGACCACCUUGUGAGAGUUCUCUCCUGCUGACUGUUCCCAAUCUGGCUGUCUCCUUGGAAGGCCAUAUAGUUGUCCACACCAGUGUGGAAGGAAAGACCACUCUCAAGGAUAAGAAUGCAUUACAUCUCUAUUCUGUCAAUGGGAAAUAUCUGGGUUCUGAGACUCUGAAGGAGGAAGUGUCUGAUCUGUGUGUAACUGGCGAAUACAUUGUCAUGGGCAGCUUGCAGGGGUUUCUUUCCAUACGGGAUCUCUACAGCCUGAGUCUGAGCAUCUCUCCAUUAGCCAUGAGACUGCCAAUCCAUUGCAUUUCUGUCACCAAAGAGUACAGCCACAUCCUUGUUGGCUUGGAGGAUGGCAAGUUGAUUAUCGUUGGUGUUGGCAAGCCGGCAGAGGUAAAACCCACCAUCAAGAACUUUUUCUACCGAACAGUGGGAAGUUCACUUAUUUCUGCUUUCCAGUUGAGCAAGAGGUCUCCUCUAUGGCAGGGUAAAUUUAAGAGCAAGUUUCAGUUUUCAGUGGGAAACAAAUAACUUUUGAAACUGCUCUACUGAAAGUUCUGAUUAAGAAUCAGAGGUGUAUAGGGAUUGCAGAUGGGAAGCUCAGCUGGACUAACUUCCAGACUUUAUCACUCACAUCUGAAUAAGCAAAGUCAUAAUAGCUAACCUUUUCUGAAUGGGAUAGUGUUGUCAGCCUCUUCUUGAUGAAAAAAUUUUCCAGAAGAAAAUUGAAAAUGAAAGAGAGCAAGCUACUUUAUUUAUUUUUUUUAUGGUUUCUAUCAGAUAUAUUUUAAUAUGCAUUGACUGACAUUGGGGAAGAAGGUAUUACUUCUUUCUGUUGAGAGUCUCUAAUGGCAGUGCAUAGGGAAUCACUUCUGUAGGUUCCCAAUAUGCUUGUGCUCCAUAUCGUGAAUAUAAACUUGUUGGUCCUGCAUAUGCAAUAUCAGUUACAGCGCAUCCAUCUCUCAAAUAGAUAUGCCAAAUUUUUCUUGUGCAAAACCAUAGUUUUUGCUUUCAUUACUUCUUGUCAUGACUUUCAAAGUACUUGAGUUAUUUAAAACUGUUUAUUAUCUUUAUAACUCAAUGUCUAUUGUACUGCUAUGUAUUUAUUCAAAAAUGUGAUUAUCACUUUUGCAUGAUCUUUAGUACAUGCCAGAAAAGUGUAUAUUAAUUCAAUUUUAUAUUUUAAAUGUGAAAACAGAGCAACUUUAUUUGUCAGUAUUUUUAAAUGUUCUUGCUAGGAGAUACAUAGUUUAAUAUUGAAAAAACAUUCACACCAUGGUAGUCUGAUUUUGCUUGCACUGGAUGUAGAGGGGAGAUUUUUCUAUUGUAGAAUUGAAAAAGAGCUGAUUAUUAUGUGGUUAAACAUAUGGUUGUAACAGCAGUUUUAAAGCCACUGUCAUUUCUAAGCUUCCUAUUCCAUAGAAAAGAUCUUUUAUUGGCUGAAAUUUGUGUGUAUCAUUAGACUGAAGACAUUUGUUUUCUUAUUUUAAUUUUUUAAUCACAUCUAUUUUUCUAACUAUGCAGAAAGUGUUGUUUCAAAGACUGGAUUCCUUUUAUGGUUACAGAGGCUUUCCAAUGACUUUUUUCCCAGAACUUUCUGUUUACAGUUCAGAUGAUAUGCAAGCUUAAUAUCUGUGUAAAUAGAUUUUUUUUUUAAACACAAACAUAUAAGGAACAACGUUAUGUCACAGAUUUUCUAGUUUUCUAUAAUGGCAUCAAUCAAUAUAUUUGAAAAGUGUGUGUAUGUGUGGUGUUCAUUUGUUGAAUGACUUAGUUUGGAAGGAAUGUGUUAAUUCCUGGAACUUUAUCUGUAUACAGAAGACAGUGUUGCAGCUCCAGCUUUCAGUGGUGAUAUUGAUCCUUAGGACAAAGGACUGGAUCUUUAGCACAGACUUGCUUUAAUGUGCAGAAAGUGAAAUGCUGCUUGCUAUUAGGAUUGGCCUUUAGUGUUUCUGCACUGACAGUUUCUAAUACGGAGUAUAAUAAACACUGUUGUAUUUUUAACAUUUACUUAGCUGUUUUGGGUGUUGCAGAAGUCUUGGCAAUUACCACUUGUUAGUGUUAAUCCUGGUCAGUGCUGUGUCUUUUCUAGAACACUGCUGCUGUGCUGAUACAGCUCUGAAGCGGGUAACAUUUGUAGUAGUAACUGCAAAGAGCUGUUCUCAGACUUGUAAAGGCAUGAAUCUUAUUUAUUGAACUGCAAGGAAGUUCAGAAUCUAAUCAGCUGCCAGGCUGAUCACUACUGGCCAAUCAUCAACCUUGUGCUUAGGUAAUGAAGAGUUUCUUACAAACUGUUGUCAGAUUGUAGGAUUGUAGACCUACCAGGUGCUGGAUUUAAUAUGGCCUCUGGUUGCUUGUUAUCCAUCUUAUUCUGUGGAAUACUCACUAUGAAUUACUUCUGCUUUAAACAUUCCUCUGAGCACUUCACCCAGGAUCUUUGGAAGACUGUAUAAAUUUGACACCAAGAGAUAACCUUUCUCUGUUUCCUUUAUUCUGCUGUCACUGUCCUGCAUCUUGUCUAUUUUUUCCCCCACUUCUAGCAGUUUCUGUUUGAAAUCUCUAAAAUAAAAUGUCCUUUCUUCUCAUUUAGUUCAUUUUUGCUUGGCAUUCACCUCUUCUUUUCUCUUCCUAUCAAAAUAGCAAUCUAAACACUCUUUCUAGGCCAUUUGGUUAAGCAUAUGGGAACACAUUAGUGGGUAAUAUCCCUUUAGCUGCUCAAAUUCAGAGAAGACUGUGGUUAGUGUUUUGUGUCUUGUUUUUUUGUCACUCUCAAGAAUAAUCCCUAAGUGUGACUUUUAGUUUAUUUUUAAAUCAUUUUUGUUGGUAUAUUUUGUUUAUGCAGUACAUUGUAGUGUCUGCAUUUCACCAGAUUCAGUGUCUGAAUUCUUUUUUAAUUUAUCCACCUUAUCCCUUCCCCCUCCUUUUGUUUCUCUGAAUUACUUUUAAACAGAUGCGCUCAGGUCAGCUUUCCCGAAAGCUGUGGGGAUCAAGCAAACGGCUCAGCCAGAUUUCAUCAGGAGAGACUGAAUAUAACACUCAAGAUUCCAAGUGAUUGCUGCUUCUACAUUCUUUCAUGGAUUCCAGAAAAAUGUUUAAUCUUUUGGUCACUUUAGAUGUAUAAAUAUGGAAUUAGGGCUUUGAUUCUGAAGCCCUUUGAUUCUUGUUGAUGAAGAACCUAUGGUGGAGGUAUAGUAGUAAGCAUAUAUACUCAUGCAAGUUAGCCUGCUUGCAUAUUUGUCCUUAACUGUGUUGACUUGUUCACAGCAAAAUCCCUCUCUCAACAGCUGCUAAAACUAUGUUUUGGGAGGGCUAUAAAAACCCCAAACAAUCCCCUCACAAGUCUUCAAACCCCCAGAUUACUAAUUGAAUGUAAGAUAAGUAGCAUUUGAUUUAAAGCUGAGUAGGGCCAGAUGCUCCAUGAUAACAAACAAGAUAUUUGGCUUUGCCUUGACAGCACGAGUAUUUCCCAGUAAAUUAAAACUCUGGUAGUUGCAAUGGUUGGGUUCAGAAUUGAAUAGAUGAUGGUUACGACCUUCACGAUACGUUUGUUAGCCUACUGAACUUUAUUACAGUUUGUUUGUGUAAAUGGCUAUUGCUCUCUUCUUUUGUGUAGUUCCAAUUUUAGGCUGUUCUGCAUGGAACAUCUGUGUUUUGCACUACUUUAUCAGAAAUUGUUUUAAGUACAGACAUGAAUAACUUCAAAGGAGUUGGAGGUGGUGAAGGAGCUAAAGGAGGUAGGAAAUAUUGCUGCUGAAAAUUAUUUAUAUUGUUAAGCAAACUUAAGACAUGCUCCAAGAAAUCCCAUUAUAUAUUUAACAUCUUGCAGAAAUACCCAGGAAGACUCAUUAUCUAUAUUGGUCAUAUAUCAAUGUGCUUCAUUAGUAAGGCAACUUCUACAAACAAAAGAUAAAUUUCCACUGCAGAAUCAUUAUGCAACAUUGCAGCACAAUUCAAUUAAAAAUAACACCUGUUUGUUUCUUGGCUUGGUGUUCACCAAACCAGUUGUUAGCCAUAUUUUUUUCUGUAAAAAUAAACAGGGGAAAACAGAUGAUAUAUCCAAUUCCAAAAUGCAUUUAAGACCUGGUAAAAGAAAAUAUCAGAUCCUUAUCUAUCAAAUUUCUUACUGUGUUUUGGAGAAGCCAUUACUGAUUUUUUUUUUGGGUGUUUAGCAGUACAUGAUGAUAGAAGGGUAUGCAUUUUCCUAUCAAUCUGAUAUUUUUCUAAUGUUACUGAUUGAAAUGAUAAACCCUAUACUGUUAGAAAAGCUGGGUACUGAGGGAAAAAUAUAAAUUUCCAUAUCAGUGUGCAAAGGUGUGUGUGUGUAUGUGUAUAUAUGUCUGUGUAUGUAUAUAUGUAUAUUCAUGUAUGUAUUAAAAGAAGAAAAUCCCAUGGGGUGAGGAGAGCACAGAUACAAGGCAGGUGUAAGGGUUGUUAGCUACUAUGCUCCCUUUUGGGUCCCCCUUUCUUCCCUCUACCAUUGCUUUUCUUGUUAUUUUUUAUUUAUUUAUUGAAAUGAAUGUGUGUUAUAUCUUUCAUAAAUGUUAUCAGAUAUUCCCUGUGACUGGGGAGUUGAACUACCUGAGGAACAUAAUGUAUAAUCUCAUUUCAUUAACUUUAAGCAUAAUAUUUAUUGACUUUCUAAAAAUAAUAAUAUCUCCUUACCCUGCUAAAGGAUAAUCUUUACAAGUUGUGUUAGUCUCAUUCAAACUGAUUUCUCCUCACUUUCUUUACUGGAAAAAAAUCCCUUUCUUGAUGCUUGAUUGGUGUACUUUGUAAAGAAAGCUGUGUUGCAUUUUCUUAACUUUUGUAAGUGAAAUAAAUCAGAUUAGUGAACAA